AUGAAUUCAUCUAAAAAGACAAUUUUUCUGGCAACGCCCUAUUUUGGGGAAUGGAAUGCUGAACAUUUUUACUCCUUGCAUAUUGGUUACAAGACUUUCAUUAGAUAUUCUUGUCCUAUCUAUAACUGCCAUGUUACUAAAGAGCCAUCACAGAUUCACAAGGCUGAUGCUUUGCUUUUCCACGUACGGGAUCUUGAGGUCUUCAGCAUUCCACGACGUUAUUCACCAAAUCAAGUGUGGAUUUUGUACUCUAUGGAGCCUCCCUGGUUAGAAAUCAGAGACAUGCAAAAAUUCAACGGAAUUUUCAACUGGACCAUGAGUUACAGAAGAAAAUCAGACAUCUUGAUGCAAUAUGGAUUUGUGGGAAGAUUACCCCAACCGAUGGUUAAGUUGACAAGAUUUAAAGAAAGGCUGAUUUCCUUGCGCACGAAACAGAACAAAGCUGUCUGGUUUGUCAGUAACUGCAAUACUGACAGCAAUCGUGAAGAAUACAUAAAGCAAUUAAAGAAAAUAUAUCCAGUCGAUGUUUUUGGAGGGUGUGGAAAAGAAUUUUGCAGACCUGCUGAAACUCAAAAGUGUUACACAAGAGUGGCCGUGCGAUAUAAGUUUUAUAUCUCUUUUGAAAAUGCUAUUUGUAGAGAUUAUGUUACAGAAAAGUUAUUUAAUCCUUUGAAUUAUGAUAUCAUACCCGUUGUACUAGGAGGUGCGGACUAUUCAACUGUGACUCCGCGUCAUUCUGUGAUAAAUGCCAUGGAUUUCAACAACCCUGAAGAUUUGGGUCGAUAUUUAUGGAAAGUGUCUAAAACCGAUACUCUGUACCUUUCUUACUUUUGGUGGAAGAGCAUUUACAAACCCUACUUACAGCCAUGGAUGUGUGAUUUGUGUGCAAAAUUGCAUAACAGUCCAGUAUCUCGCACUUGGGAUAAUCUUGAUGAGUGGUGGAAUGAGGGACAUACUUGUUCUAGGUGGUCAAAUAACAGUUUUACACUUCACAAAAAUAAUAGAUUUCCAUUUUAUCAUACAAAAUUAUUUUAA